AUGCAAAAGUCUGAAAGAAAAUUCUCACAUGUCAUCUUCAUUUCUUCAUUUUUCAACUAAUGCACACACACCUUGCAUGCCUUUGAAUCUACACAAUAAUUUGGCCAUUUCUGCAACUUGGUCUUACUAUAUGAUUAACACAUUGUUACAGUAGCAGCAUGAAAAGGCACAUUAUUUUGUUCGGUUGUGUUCAAAUACUGCUUUCUUUCUUUUGCAUGCAAAUUCUUCAGUGAAGAAGGUGUUUGAGGAAGUUCAUUGAUCACAUAUUCUUGAACUAAGAUGAAUAAAUCAUUCAAGUUUGGUGAAAUUUCUGAUGUGGAGUAUCAUCCUUCACCUUCAAUGGAUCAUCAUUUAGUCAGUGACACUCCUGCUUUUUCUAGAUUGAGUGGUGAUUCUUUCGGAUACUGCCGAGUUUGGACGAGUUCGGAUGCAUCAAACUCAAACUUCUCAGAUUCUGUAGAUGAUAGCAGCUAUGCCAGUGAAUCUUCGCCUUUGCCUUCGCCUUCACCUUCUCGGUGGAGAGAGGCUAAACCUGGUCUUUCUAGGUUAGGAAUGAAGCUACGCAAGCAUUCGAUCGAUGACAAACUUGAUGAGAAUGAUCUCUUUGAUUCAGGUGAGCUUGAAAUGAUGAAGGAAAGAUUCGCGAAGCUUCUGCUAGGAGAAGACAUGUCUGGUGGAGGGAAAGGUGUUAGCACAGCAGUUACAAUCUCAAAUGCCAUUACCAAUCUCUAUGCGACGGUAUUCGGACAAAGCUUAAAGUUGGAGCCGCUGAAGCCUGAGAAGAAAAUCAUGUGGAAAAGAGAAAUGAAAGUUCUUCUAUCUGUGUGUGAUUACAUACAAGAAUUUGCCCCAACUGCACAAUAUUUAGAAGAUGGCACAAUUGUGGAGAUGAUGAAAAGCAGGCCAAGGUCAGAUAUUUAUAUCAAUCUCCCAGCACUGCAGAAGCUUGACACAAUGCUUAUAGAAAUAUUAGAUUCUUUUGAGGAUACUGAAUUCUGGUAUGCAGAGAACGUAUCAGCAAGUUCGCCUCGUUUACGUGCAGCCUCGUUUCGAAGGAUUGCUCAAAGGAAAGACGAGAAAUGGUGGUUGCCAGUUCCUUGUGUUCUCCCUGGUGGCCUCUCUGAGAAGUCAAGGAAACACCUUACAGAGAAAAGGGAUUGUGCUAAUCAAAUUCUUAAAGCAGCAAUGGCGAUAAAUAGUAAUAUUCUUGCAGAUAUAGAUAUUCCUGAAACAUAUAUAGAUGAUCUUCCACAGCUGAAAUUCUAUUGCCAAGUGAUUGAUGAUUCCUUUAAAUGUGACCCUAUAAGGCAAAUGUCUUGGAAUUUAUCAUCAAAUUUCAUAAGCCUUUUAUGGAAGCCAAUAAUAGCAGCUGAGUCUUGUAAAAAACGCGACGAUAUUAUUCCAUAUAAGAGUGGACGAGGAAAUCUAGGCGACACAAUUUACCAAUAUAUGUAUACUGUGGACAAGUUCUCACCCGAACGCCUUCUUGACUGUCUCAAAUUAAGCUCUGAACAUGAAGCACUUGAUCUAGCAGACAGGGUUGAAUCAUCGAUGUACACAUGGAGACGUAAAGCUUGUCUUAGCCAUUCAAAGUCAUCAUGGAAAGAAGUAAAAGAUCUUAUGGAUGACACAGAUUGGAAGGACAAAAACUACAUUUUAGCUGAUAGAGCUGAAGCUUUGUUGUUUAGCCUCAAGCAAAGAUAUCCUGAACUUUCACAAACUUCUUUGGACGCAUGCAAGAUCCAAUACAACAAGGAUGUGGGGAAAGCAGUACUAGAAAGCUACUCAAGAGUUUUGGAAGGCCUGGCAUUCAACACUGUUGCUUGGAUUGAAGAUGUUCUUUAUGUAGAUAAAUCAAUGGCGAAUCGAGAAGUCUAGAAAUACAACUCCAUUACAACAAUGUUUCUCUUCCAUUUAACAGUCUUUUGUAAACCAUAGAUUUAGAAGAAUGUAGACAGUUGGUAGAUGGUGUGUGAAAAGAUAUUCACUUGUUAUCUGUGUGAAGCUUAUUUGUCAACAGUAUAUAGAAUAGAAGAAGUUCAACAUUCAGUUGAAAUAUAAA